UACAAGGAGUUGUUGCUACAUUGUAUUUCCUAACAAAGCGGAUACAUUGUAAAUAAGAGAAUUGGAGGAGGAAUUUGAAAAAGGAGGGGGGAGUGUAUUGCUGUGGAGGGGCCAUGGCUGCGUGGCAGGUGAGGAGCCCCGUUGUCAGACACUAGCUGGGCUGCACGCAUAACCCCCUGGGAGAGAUGGAGGUUGCCAUGGUGAGCGCGGAAAGCUCUGGCUGCAGCAGCCACCUGCCGUACGGAUACGCGCAGGCUCGCGCCCGUGAACGCGACCGCCUGGCUCACUCGCGCGCGGCCGCGGCGGCCUCAGCGGAGAAGGCGGCGGCGGCCUCAGCGGAGAAGGCGGAGAAAGCGGAGAAGGCGGCAGCUGCAGCCGCAGCAGCAGACGGAGGCGGGAACUCGGGGGGCGUGUCUUGUCAACAACAGCAACAGGCUGGGCGCGUAGCCUCAUCGCAGGGGAACAGCUGCGGGAGCGCGCGGCGCGCACCCCAGCAGCCCCCUCCUCAGCAACAGCUGCCUCAGCCUCUGCAAGAACAAGUUACGCAGAGGAAGAAGGGGCACCGCAGGAGGUACUGGCCCCUAGGCGGCUGCAACAGGUGGAGGAGCCGGCACCACCAAGCGGGCAACGAAUGCAGCGGAGGCGCCGGCGGAGGAGGAGCAGGAGGAGAAGACGGAGGCACCUUCCCCUCGGAGCUGGCUCCCUGCGGCUCUGAGGAGAUGAUGCUCAGGGAGGAGGAAGAAGUUGACGAGGAGCAAAAGUUUUACCUGUGCGGAGGGGGUGCUGGGGGGCAGGACGGCGGCAGCCGGGACAGGAGUCCCGGUGAAGGAGGCUAUCACCCGGUGUACAGCGAAUUCGAGUGCUGCGAGCGUGUCGUGAUCAACGUGUCGGGGCUCCGCUUCGAGACCCAGCUAAAAACUUUGAGCCAGUUCCCGGACACGUUGCUGGGCGACCCGGAGAAGAGGAUGCGCUACUUCGACCCGCUGAGGAACGAGUACUUCUUCGACCGGAACCGGCCGAGCUUCGACGCUAUCCUGUACUACUACCAGUCCGGGGGGCGCCUGAAGCGGCCGGUCAACGUGCCCUUCGACAUCUUCUCUGAGGAGGUCAAGUUCUACGAGCUCGGGGAAGAGGCGCUGCUCAAGUACCGGGAGGACGAGGGCUUCGUUAAAGAAGAAGAGAAAGCCUUACCGGAGAACGAGUUCAAGCGCCAGGUGUGGCUGCUCUUCGAGUACCCGGAGAGCUCCGGGCCGGCCCGGGGUAUCGCCAUCGUGUCAGUGUUGGUCAUCCUGAUCUCCAUCGUCAUCUUCUGCCUGGAGACCCUGCCCGAGUUCAGGGAUGACAAGGACGGCUUGCUUUCCCCGCUGGGGGACGAAGGAGGGAUGUACAAUGGGACCCUGCUGCCCCCCGAGAGCCCCCACACCGCCUUUAACGACCCCUUCUUCAUCGUGGAGACCGUGUGCAUCGUGUGGUUCUCCUUUGAGUUCGCCGUCAGGCUCUUCGCCUGUCCCAGCAAGCCGGGCUUCUUCAGGAACAUCAUGAACAUCAUAGACAUAGUGUCCAUCCUGCCUUACUUCAUCACCCUGGGCACCGAGCUGGGGCAACAACAGCAACCCAGCCCCCAACAGCAGCCCCUCGGCACCGGGCAGCAGCAGCAAGCCAUGUCCUUUGCCAUCCUGAGGAUCAUACGUCUGGUCAGGGUCUUCCGAAUUUUUAAACUGUCCAGACACUCCAAGGGGCUGCAGAUCCUGGGGCAUACCCUAAGGGCCAGCAUGAGGGAACUGGGGCUUCUCAUCUUCUUCCUCUUUAUCGGGGUCAUCCUCUUCUCCAGUGCUGUCUACUUUGCAGAAGCCGAUGAGCCCACCACCCACUUCCAUAGCAUCCCAGAUGCCUUCUGGUGGGCCGUAGUAACAAUGACCACGGUGGGUUAUGGGGACAUGAAACCCAUCACCGUUGGGGGCAAGAUAGUAGGUUCCCUGUGUGCCAUAGCAGGGGUGUUGACUAUUGCACUGCCUGUGCCGGUCAUAGUCUCCAACUUCAACUACUUCUACCACAGGGAAACAGAGAACGAUGAGCAGGCUCAGGUGACAUCUAAUGGUGGCAGCUGUCCCUAUUUACCCACCACUUUACUGAAGAAGAUAAAGAGCUCCUCGUCUUCCUCCCUACAGGACAAGUCAGAGUAUCUAGAGAUGGAGGAAGGUAUCAAAGAAUCUCUCUGCAUAAGAGACAAGCCUAGCCAGGGCACUGGCAAUGGCAACGAGACCAUUAAGUAUAACUGUGUGAAUCUAAAGACUCUGGAAACCGACGUGUGAAAUAAUGAAAUCUAUUUUUGGAACUUUCUUAAAGUCUAUUUAUGCAUUGAUAGAGUGCAGUGAUAUAACAAACAAAAAAUAAAUAAAUACAUGAAAUAUGCAAAUCUAAUCAGAAAACAACUAGCUGCUUUCUGAUUAGUUAUGGAGUAUAGUUGCUUCCUCUUGUAAGAACAUCCAGACCUGGGACCAGAAAAAAAAAAUUGCUCUUUUACAUAGAAUGAUUACAAUACAGGAAUCACAGUGCCUGUUCCUUGGCUUUGUUUUUAAAGCAGCCCAUAUAAAUACACAUUUGCAUCGGGGUUAUUUACAAGCCAAUAUUACACAGCUUAGUGUGGGGAAGCUUUUCUGAGAAACCAUUAAUCUGCAGCUUUUCCUACUCUAGAGAAGGAAUUCCUGAUGCCUUUUUUUUAUUACUGGACAUUCUUUCCCCUCCUUUCACCUUAAAACAAACACCAGAUAAACUUGUCUCCUCUUAAAGUGACUGCAGUGGUUUAAAUGCACCCAGUCAUACUUUGUUUACUUGUUUGCUGAUCAUGUAUGGGCAUUUCCUUAACAUUUUUUUUACUUUAUUUAAGCAAUUCCUUUUUUUUUUUUUUUUUUUUUAGAAGAAAGGGAUUUAGGAAAAAAAAACAUUUUGGGAAACAUUGCAAGGAAUUAUUAAGGAUAGAACCAAAGGUUUACUGGUUAUACUGUAACUUUUACAAACAUGUUCUUAGAAGAGGAAAUUUCAAUCAUUUGGAGUAAAUUUUUACUUGUGGAAUCCACAGUAACUGUACUUUUUUGUCAUAGGUAACAGAUCAAGGAUGGUGAUAAACAAAAAGGGGGAAGGGGUUAAGUGCUGUUUCAGAAUUUAUAUUUUUUAAUAGAAUGCAAGUAUUUUGCACAGAUAUGAACUCAUUUGUUGUUUUAAAUCAACACGGAGAGUGGGUGCUCAAGGGGAAAAGCUGGCAUUCAGAGACACUACAAAAUGGGAUUUAUAUUUUUAGUAGCCAUAACUUUAUGAAAGAAAAAAUGUCAUUAUUUGUUACUUUAGUUCUAUGGUGUUUAUGGACCGGUACAAAUUCUAAGGAGCUAAAGAAAAAAAAAAAGAAAAAAUAAACUUAAAAUAUAACAAUUUAAUCCUGAUUCAGUAAAAAUCUUAAUUAUACUGAAUAUACUAUGUGAUGUAACAAAUGUAACAGCUACCUGUACCAUCAUUUUGACAGAAGCUUGUAUGAAAAAGGGGUUUAUUCACUAAAGAUGGAGUUUUUUUGCAGCACCUUGACUUCACUAUGUUCGUUAUGGAGGACCAACCCCAGUGAGCUGCUUCUGCUACAGGAAGCGCUUGACCAGGCCCUGUAUUAUCUAUAGUCAAAUCAGUGGGAUUGCUUUACUCUUUAACGUUUGCAUUAUCCAGGGCCAUCUCAGCCUCGGCUUGCCAGUGCUGGUUCUCUAUAAUGAACCGUGAAGUAACGAGUUGAAGUCACCACCCUCUUUAGAGAAUAAAUCCCAAUGUGUAUCAUGAUUUGUAAACAGUAAGGGCUGCCAACUAUGCACAUUUGUUAGGCGAUACCAAGGAAAGACUUUUACUCCCCUGGUAGGGAAUGCUUUUUUUUGCACUACGUAUAAGCUGGAUAAACAAUGAUAUUUAGAGAGACAUCGUACUGUCAACCACGUCUGCAACGUCAACGUUUAGAGACAAUCAUUAGCACAGCGCUCAAGUUGCUUCCCGUACGAACUGAUGUAUCUUUGCUUAAGCUGAUUACAAGGCUGUUAGCAUUGGCAACGAAAGCGAAAGCACUUCAUAGUUUACCAGAGACUCAUGUCAUAAGGCUUUGUGAAAAAAUAA